AUGUCGACGACGAAGGUGGUGAUUCUGAAGGCCCAGCCAGAGGCCCUGAAGUCAAUAAAAGAGACGCCCAAAAAGCCACGCAAACGCCCCACCAAGCGGCAGGCAACCACGGAGCUCGAGGACACCCCCAAGGUAGUUGGCAAAGCGGCGCCCGCCGUGGGCGGCUCUGUUGUCCGAGCAUUGGAUCGCAGCGGCGUUCCCUGCCGCAAAUGGACCAAGUCCACGCUGCAAAUUCGUAGCUUUACAGGCGUACCAUUCGACGUGGUCUCCUGGAAGGGCGAGACCGACCCCAACGUCCCGGAGGUUAAACAGGAGCCAGCUCUGCCAGAAAACAACGUGCCCAGCUCAGAGCUUCGGUCAGAAUUGGUGUCCGAAGCGCCGUCCGAGCCAGCUUCCGAGCCCCCGGAGGCACUGCCCGUUUGA